CCCUUACAGGGCAACCGCCUUUCCAGCCGCUGUUGUUCGCUGCUGCUGUAGUAGGGAUGAAGGAAGCUGUACCGCGUCGAAUGGCAGCAGUUCGUUCGUUCAGUUACUGGCAGACAGACCUCUUCAGGCUUCGCUUUGACGGACACAUUUCAAACACGCUGCGUGCGCGUCUCGAGUGGUGCGUGUCUUUUUUUCCUCUUCCCGGCGCUCCGCCUGUGUGUGUGUGUGUGUGUCGUGCUCUCGCAUCCGAAAGGAAAGCUUCUUCGGUAGCGAUCGAAACCCAGGCCCUGGCCUAGUGUUGGUAGUGUUUGUCCUCCACGGUGAGUGCGUCGUCGAGAGAUAAGAGUCUAAUUUUGUGUAAACACACACACGCCAGAACCGGUGCGGAAAAGUGACCAACACGGUGCAAUCGGAGCGAGCGUACGAAGAAGCUCUUGUGGCCACGAAUGGAAAGGAAAAUUUGAAGCAACGUGAAAAAAAACGGAAAAACGGUUUAAGAAAUUAGUGAAGCAAUAGUGUGGUAAGAGUGUCGAUAAGCGGUGUGAGUUGCUGUGAAGUGAUUCAAGGUAGAAGAACGAAUAUUGACAGCGUCGGGUUUGACGGGUGUUUACAGUUUUAGUGUGCAUUUUGACAGGUGGAUAUGUGACAGAUUAAACAGAUCAAAACAUACUCAGCAAGCGGUGGUUACUAAGCUGGGCAUUUCCGCAUCGAAAUCGAAACAUUCCCCCGUUUGUGUCCGUGUGUUUGUGUGAACGUGUAAAAGGAACAUUAUCCUUUUAGGAGCUACAGCUGAAGUUGAUGACGCUUCGCCUUUCCGCCAUGGAUUAAAUGCUUAUACUAAGUCAUCGAGGUUAGCUUCAUUUGUGCAGUAAUUGUGUCCGGGGGAUUAAUGUUGAUGGAUAGUGUGCUGUGUGAUGUGUGUGUGUGCUCCUAUGUGUGUGCUUACUAAUCCGUGCCAAGAACCCAACCCGAAAGCAAUGAAACAACGGUGGUAAUAGGGAGUAAAAAAAUUUUUUCGAAAAGUAGCAGGAAACAUUAGCGGAUUUCCCAAAACACCCCCGUCACUGUGCCGUCGACAGUGAGCUCUGCAGCGCUCCCUGAGGUGCGUCGCCCAUUCCGUGUUCUUAUCUUCCCCCCUGUCGGUUGGCGCUCCGAGCGAAUUCGGGUACAUGUCCACCACGCUAUCGAGUGUCUCUGGAGUGUAUCCAGACGAUUCCGAGCAAGAGCAUGGACUGUUACCGGAUCUGAAUGGUGUCGAUCUGGUUAUGAGCUUGUCGCCCAAGGCGCCAAACCACCACCAUCACCACCAUCACCAUCACCAUCUGACCAGCCUGCAGCAUCUGCAGAAUCUGCAGCAUAACUCGGCCCUCCACAGCCACUCGACACCGUUUAGCGUCACCGACAUACUGAGCCCGAUCGAGGAGUACCGCAAGCUGGAACUGACCGCAAAUCCACCCUCACCGUACAGCGGCGGUAGCAGCGUCAACUCACCGAGUGCCCUCGGGCCUAACACGACCACCGGCAGCACGACGACCGGCAGCAGUAGCAUGGCAAACCCGUACGCCAUGGGCCCACUGUACCACAGUCCCGGUGUGCAGAGUUACUGUGCGCCGACGGACAACCUGUCACUGGCCGGCCACUACACCGAUAUGCGCAAUUCGGCCGCCGCCGGCUGGUACGGCUCUACCGCCAGUGAUCCACGCUUUGCGAUAUCCCGAUUGAUGGGGGGCUCGGCCGGCGGAACGAUGGGUCACGCCAUGUCCAACAUGGGCAGCCUGGCAGCGUGCAGCGUGUCCGACACCAAACCGAUGCAGUUUCCACUCGCGCAACGACGAAAGCGACGCGUACUCUUCACGCAGGCUCAGGUGUACGAGCUGGAGCGAAGAUUUAAGCAGCAAAAAUACCUAUCCGCCCCAGAACGCGAACACCUAGCCAGCUUAAUACAUCUCACACCAACACAGGUGAAGAUUUGGUUUCAAAAUCAUCGGUACAAGUGCAAACGGCAGGCGAAGGAAAAGGCCAUGGCGGAACAGAACCAGCACAAUCAGUCAGCCAGCUCACCACGACGUGUGGCCGUACCAGUACUAGUGAAAGAUGGCAAGCCCUGCUCCGGCGGUUCCAAUGCGAGCGCAAACAACACUAGCGGCAGUAGUGCGGCAGCUGCCGCUGCUGCUGCAGCCGCCGCCGCCGCUGCCGUCCAGCAGCAACAGCAACAGCAACAGCAGCAGCAGCAGCAUCAGCAACACCAGCAGCACGGUCAGCAUCCGUCCCAGCAUGGACAGCAACAUCCAGCACAGCAUCAUCAGCAGCAGCAGCAGCAACACUCGCACCAACAGCAAUCGGCCGGGAUAGGUGGGAGUGGGUCGGCCGGUGGGUCGGGCGGCGGUUCGGCCGGAACCGGAACUAGUGGCCCCAGCUCGAACGGUAGCAGCAGUGGCAGCAAUGGAGGUGGUGCUGGCAGUGGAGCUAGCAACGGAAGCGGAGGUCCCACCAGCUCCGGCAGUAUUGUGCUGCUGAACGAGUCCAACGCUCAUUCGCCCGAUACAGCGUCGGCGGCCCUGCUGUCGUCGUACAACGGGGCAGCCCAUCAACAUCAGAUGCUACAGCAGCCGUGCAAUAAUGCGCUCAUGUCCAACAGUCUGGCGAUGGCCUACCGCAACCAGAACAACUUCAUGACGAACAGCCACCAGCAGCAGUGCGGAGGCUAUCUGCCGUUGCAGACACGCGCCUGGUAAUAUUAGUGGAACCGGUUCCGUUCCGUGCCGUCGGUGGUAUGAGCUGCUUUUGGGGAAGUGAUUUGCUUAAGAGUUAAGUUCCAGCUUUGGACAAUUGUUUAAGCGCACAAGACAUACUUCACCUUAUCGAACAACGACGAGACAUUGGGAGGCUCUUUGCUUCAGAGAUCCUCCCGAAGGUACACGACGGUUAAAUGUGUUGCUUGUGUUUCUGUUUCAAUUUUGUUGGCCAGCGUGUUGCUUUGCUCCGCGUCUGACAGCCGUGGACAAACUUACCUUUGUACAUAACCGUAGCGUGUACCGGAGCAGUACAAUCAGGUUCCCCCCCCCCCGUUCCGUUGCCGAAUUCUAGUUCGUACUUUUUGCUAAGGAACGUUUGCGUUUUUCUGCCUUUUACCGUAGCAUUUUGUGUAGUAUUGUAACUCGUUUUCACACCGUAGUCUUCACGACAGACACAACAAUCAAAACAAACGGAACUGGAUUUGAGGCACGUGUCGGGACGUCAGUAGGCGGUCACACAGUAGGUAACCGACAGCAGCACUGUAAGGAAUUAUGGCACGCAAAUGGCGCUGCUACCGAGUUUUGUGUACGAUAAAUAAAUAUAUUUUUUAAAUCGGUCAGUCCGAGCGCACCUGAUCAGAGCCGGUGGCUUGAUCGCAGCAGCAGUGUUAGUGCUUAAGUUAGUCUGAAGGGACUAGGGACUACGGCAAACUAAUCAAAUUUGGCUUAAGAUUGUUCGGGUAAGAACAACCACUCUCCAAAGGUUAUUUUGUGACGAUUUUUCUCUCUCUCGCUCUCCCUCUGUUGUUUUGUGCGAGUGGUAGAAAUGUGCUGCUGCUGCUGCUGACUUUGUUCCACACGAUUCGCGUGAGCUAGUGCAUGUUUUAGACAAGCGUAACGUUUAGCUUUUAUGGUAAGGCAAUGAAGCAAGGAUCAUGUUCCAACAACUGUACCUUCCUUCCGGAAUUUAAAACAUUUAGAAACUCACACAUCAGCAGAACACACGUUUGUAAAUAGUUGUAUUAUCGAGCAUCGAGCAGGUUUAAGCACGCUAGGGUUUGGGAGGCAUUAAACAGGCAUUAAAAAGGGAUCUUCUCGUUGCAGUCAGAGGGUGUGCAGGGUUCGUCGAGUUCGAGUACAGUAGUAGUGAAACGAAUUAAGCUAAAUGAGAUUAACCGAGGAGCAACGUUUCUACUGAUAGUGCAACAAGAAAUUCGACCUGUUUAAUUAUCAGCCCGGAAGCUAUAAUAAUAAUAUUUAAAUAAAAAACGGCGGUACAUAAAAAUAAUUAAACUAAAUAGUACACACACACAUGUCACCGAUAUCGCCAAACGAUUGCCGAGCGUACUUUUGUUAACUCUCAUUAGGAUUGCAAUUAAAUGUUAAUUUCGCCUAAGUAACUAACUUUCGGGGCUAUUGUUUUUUUUUCUUUUUGCGAACCAUUCCUUUCAGCACAAUGAAUCCGAAAUUUGAAGCUUUCAUUUCCAUUCCAAUCGCAAUCCGAUGAGAAGGUAUAGAAAUUUUCACUUCACGCAAAGAAAAUAGAAGUGUUUUUACUUAUCAAAAUGGUUUAGUCAAGCGAAACGAAGCGACGACGAAUGAGAAAGGUGUGAAAUAAAAAUCAUAAAAAUGUGCAAAUUAAAUACAAAACUGCGAAUACGAAUUAGAAAACGUGGUUUUUUUUGCAGUGCGGCUCAGCAGGGACAAAAAGAAAACAAAGAACGUUUGCAGGCAGCAUUGGUAGAAAAUCCCCAUAUUGUACGAAGAAGGGAUAGAAAAGGAAAUGGAAAAUGCGAACAAACAAACAGGAAAGGCAGACGUAAAAAUAUAAGAGAAAAAAUAUAAAUCAAGCGAAAAUAAAUAAACGGAUGGUAAAAAUGUA